CAGGAGUGUAGGGGGUUUUGGGGCUGGAGCUGUAUGGGAGGACAGGGGUUAUCCUGGGGGUGUAUGGAGAGAUCAGGGCUGUAUCGGGGUACACAGGCACCCGGGGGUGAGUGGGGGGCUCACAGGGCACCCCUUGGGGUGUGUGGGGCUCUCAGGGGGUGAUCCCAGAGCACCCACAGAGUCAUGGGGCACCCUUGGAGCACUUUGGGGAGCGCGGGGCAGUCGGGGGUGAAUGGGGCACCCUAAGGACAUGUGCCCCCCUCUUCCUCCGCCCGGGGCUGUGGGGCAGGCGGGGGGAGGAGGAAGGGAGGUGGAAGAGGAGGAGGAGGAGGGAGGAAGGGGCGGUGAUGCCGGGCGGUUCUGCCUUCCCGCUGCCCUCGCCGCGCCCGCGGAGUGCACGGAGGGACCCGCAGCGGCUCCCCAGGUAGGGGACAGGGACAAGGUCACCCCCCGAGGGGCUGCAGGGCCACCUCCGGCCAGGCGACACCGCCCACCCGGACAGGGAACCUCGCCCGCAAGGUACGAACCCCCUCAGGUAGGGGACGGGAGCCACCCCCAGGUAGGGACCACCCCAGAUAUGGGGCUGGGACCCCCCCAGGAGGGGACAGGGGACACCCAGGAUGGGACACGGGACCCCCCAAGGGAUGGGACAAGGGGACCGGGAGCCACCCCCAAGGAGGGAACUGGGGACUCUCCCAGGGAGGGGGACACGGUGGGGCCACCGCCCCAUAGGGGACAGGGUGCUGCCAGGUAGGGGACAGGGAGCUGUGGGGCUGCACCGUGGGUCACAGGGGAUGCUGGGGGGCUGCAAGGCCACCCCCAGGUGAGGGACAAGAGGACAGUGGCACCACUCGGGGUGGGGGAGAAGGGACACCGAGUGUUGUGUACCCCCACCCCUUUUCCCUUGGGCAGCCUUUGAGAGGUCCCUGGGUCAGGGGACAGAGCUGAGCUGCAGCUCUCCAGGGCUGUGUCCUGUCCCAGUUUAGGGAGUUGUGAGCAUUCCCCAUAAGUGACCCUAUCCCCAUCAAUCCCACCUGAACUCCCAUCCCAGGAUAUUUUAGGGAAACCAGGGGAGUUCCUCGGCCACCCCAAAACCAUGGGAACACCAUGGGGAGGGGGGGACCCCCAUUAAUGCACCCCUGGAGCCUCGGCCAGCCCCCCUGGCUGGGGGGGAUCUGGAGGGAUCCGUCAGCCCCGGCACAAAGAGGAAUGCGAUGAGCACAUGGUUCCCAUUAACCCCGGAGAAUUUUCUUUUCUGUUAUAGGUUGGGGUUUUUUUAUGAUUAUUCUUUUCUUUUUCCCCCAGUUUUGCACAGCUCUGCUGGGGAGGAGGAAAAGCGGCGGCUCCAGCGGGUGAGGAGCUGGGCAAAGGCCGGCAGUGCCGGUAGCCAGCGGGGAGGGAGGGAAAGAGGGAGCCAAGUUCGGGGUUCUUUUUCCUCUUUUAUCCCUUCCCUGCUUGAGUCAGAGGCUGAAGUCACCGGCAGGAGCACUGCGAAGCUUUUUCCCCAUCUCGGGGAGUCUGUCUGCCCCUGAAAGGAUGUGCUGACCCCCGUGAGUGGGAUUUUGGGGGAGCAGAGCCACACAAGACCAGGAACUCAUCACACAGAAUCAACCUUUAAUCUGGCCCUUCCGUGGCUUCAGCAAUGUUGCCAGGGAAAGCAGAGAAGAGAAUUGCUUCGUCCAUCUUCAUCACCCUCAUGCCACCGCGGAGGGACGUGGCCACCAAGGAGAGAACCCAGCAGGGGCUGCAGCCAGACGGUGCCGAGGUCCCCAGCACCCACCAGCCCCAGGUCCUGCCGUGUCCCCCCACACUGCCCAACAGAGAAACCCACCCAGUGGCCCCUGUACCUUCAUCCUCACCAGUCCUCCCCCUCUCUGAAGUGCCUCAGCCCUUGCCCAUGGAGGUGCUGGGUCUGGCACUGCAGCAACUGGACCUUGCAGCACCUGCCACCCUCCAGGCCCCUUCCAGCUUCCCUGCUGGCUUGAAGCAGCCCACACUCCGCCAGGAGCAAGCAGGCAAGUGGCAGCGGCAGGAUGCGAAUGGGUACCCGGAGAGGGACAGCUCCAGAGACAUCUGUGCCUUCUGCCACAAAGCGCUGGGGCCCCGGGAGCCGACGGUGGAGGCGAUGCGGAAGCAGUACCACCCCAACUGCUUCACCUGCCGCACGUGCCACCGACUCCUGGCUGGGCAGCGCUACUUCCAGAGAGAGGGGUGCCCCACCUGUGACACCUGCUUCCAGGCCACGCUGGAGAAAUGCGCCAAGUGCCAGGGGCUGAUCACGGAGCACAUUGUCCGUGCCCUGGGCAAGGGCUACCACCCCGGCUGCUUCUCCUGUGCUGCCUGUGGCCAGGCCAUCGGCACCGAGAGCUUCGCCGUGGACGAGCAGGGUGACGUGUACUGCGUGCCCGACUUCUACAGCAGGAAAUACGCCGCGGUGUGCGGCGCCUGUGAGCGCCCCAUUGUCCCCUGCGAGGAUGAGGACACCUACAAGAUCGAGUGCCUGGGACGCAGCUUCCACGAGAGCUGCUACUGCUGCGAGAGCUGCAGGAUGCCCCUGUCGCCGGAGCUGACGGAGAACAGCUGCUACCCCCUGGAUGACCACCUCCUCUGCAAGUCCUGCCACCUCCGCUGGCGCAACGAGUCAUCCUGCUGAGACCCCGCAGCUCAACAGCCUCUUCCAGAGCCAGACACCAAAAAGGGGGUGCCCCCAGUGGGAUGCACCCCAUGGCUGAGCCUGUGUGCACCCCGAAAUUACUGCAGAGCUGGGUUUUCAUCGCUAAAAUAUCCCCAGGACCCUGACCCAGUGGGGAUUUGUGGAUAUGUCCCAGCACAGCUCUGCACUCACGAUGAAUAUAAAAUGCUCUGACAGAGCAGCAAUGAGGAAUAGAGGUUUACUCCUUAUUUCUUUUUUUAAACUCCUUUUUCAAGGCCAGUUUUGGUUUUCUUGGGUGGUGUUUCUUUCUUCUCAAGCUUCCUUGGGGUUUCACUGAAAUGUUUUUCUCUGUGGAGAGCAGGCACUGAUUUAGUUACUCACAGUUAAAUAAAACCCCGAGUUUAAAAACUUUCAUUCCUUUCAUCCACCCUGCAUUCCAAACCUGUCAAUUCCAAGUUUAAAACUAAGGAAGAAAAGGUGGUUUUGGGUUUUCUAGGUGUGGCAAGAGUCGGGUCACUCAGGUCCAUAACAGCUGAUUUUAGGGUGUAGCGAUGUGGCAGAUGCUGUUGUUUUUUGGGGUGGAUGUGGGAUCUGGCGUGUUUCGUGGUGUUGAUAAAAAGGGUUUUGGUGUGCUUUGGGGUUUUUUUUGUUGAUUAUCUAUCCCGGAGCCGGCAGAGGGCAGCCGGAGCACAAAUUCCUCCUUCAGGCAGCAAAACUCCAGCUGAAAGCAUCGUGCAGGGCGGGGACGCUGGGGAAGAUGGACAGCCCCCUUUCUGCAUGUUACCUAGGAUUAUAUUGCUCUGCCAGUGGAAGCUCUUUGAUCUCCUCUCAGCCCAGGCCUCAAACCAGCAGAAAUGAGAGCAUUUCUCUGCAUGCCCAACAUCUGCACAACCGAUGUUGCUGGUGCUUAGUGGGUUUGUUUGCAAGGGCAUUGCAAACCAGGCGGAGAAACUUUUUUACUUUCUUUUUAACCGAAAGUGUUUAAAAAGCCACAAAUCAAGAGCAGAAAAUAGCAAGAGCAUGUGAGAUGAUGUUUAAUGCUUUCCUGAUGGAAAAUGGGAGCUGUAAACAAAGAAAACAACCACCAGACCAGCUGUUCCUGGAUCACGUACAACAUCUCUGGCAUGUGCUGUGUUUAUGAGUGAAGGGGUUAACGAUGGUUAAUUAAUCACAUCAAUAACUAUUUCCUGAUGACUCUUCCCCGUCUACAAAGCUGGUUACUCAGUGUUGGUUAACGAGCAUCUCCGGGCCACCAAUCAGGCAGCCUUGGAGAAGGUCCUGGAAAGCAAGGAGAAAGGAAAGGCACUGCUGGGGAGUUUAGCAGCAUGGUGAAGGGAGAUGUGGUGAGGUCAGAUUUGGCGUGAUUUUUCAGGAGUGGAGUGUGACAAGGAUACAUGGACACAGGUAAGAGGACAAAAAGGUUCAUUUAAGCCAUCCUCUUCCCGGAUGAAGGGAAAAGCACUACUGGCCAAGGUGUGGGGAGCAUCGCUUUGCCUGGAAAGCACAGCCUCGUGUUCUCCCUUGGGAGGAGCUGAAGGAAUUUUGAGCCGCAUGCAGGAGAUCCUGCAGGAGCUGGAUCCUGUCCUGCUGCUGAGCAAACCUGGCUCAGCCUGUCCUUGGGCUCCUCACCCUGUCACGAGCGCUUCUGCAAGCACCCAGCUCUGCAAAAAUAAACCAACCACACAUCCUGCCCUGGAAAAGAACAUUUCGGGGGGCUGGGCUCCAAAGCCUUGUGGAGCCCCCCUGGAACCACCCAGGGGUAAAACCCACUCCAAGUCCUUCCUCUUGUCCCUGUGGCAGUGCCAGAGGACAGAGAGGAUGGCAGCGCUCCGAAUGGCUCCAGCCCUUCCCUUGGCUGCUGCAAUAUGCCCGUCAGCUCUUGCAAUCCCUCUUGGCAGGCUGAGGAGAGCGGGAAGGACCUGGCUGCCUUCCAAGGCGCAGCAAAUGCAAAUAUUUCCUCACUUCAGCCUGGGUGCGGCCCGCGUAUGAAAUUUCCUCAGGCUUUCCCAGCGAAGGCAUCCGAUCUCUCGAUCCCUCGCUCGGCUGCGAGGCCAGCUUGCUCCUAGGAAUACACAACGGGGUUGAAGCCGCCAUCUCCCGGUCUCCUCACGAUAUGGAAAAUCCCCAAAAGCGCUUAGGAAGGAAAGAAACGAACCAACCAACCAACAAAAAAAAAAAAAAGCCCGAGGAUUGAUUUAUCAUCAGAGCCGGAGUGGUAUGGGAAGAAACCAUCGCUGCUCGCCUGCUCCCCACGACAGCUUGCCCACCAUUCGCUUAAUUAAAAUCAUACAUUGGUGUGAUCAGACGUGGUAAUGCCAUUAAAAAAAAAACAAACCAAAAGCCUAAAUCCCGUAACAUUCACGUUCUCGUUGUUGGAGGCUGUAGCCAAGUCCGUGAUGGAAGUUUGUUUUAUUUGUUCCACAGAGAUGUAGAUUUUUCCUUGGGAGAUCUGGGAAGGAUUAUUUUUUAAUGAAAUAGAGGAAAAAAAAUACCACCGGAAAAAAACAAACAAUGAAAAAGAAACGAAAAGGAAAAAAAGCACAACAAAACCAAACCGCAGUAAGUGAAGCUGCAAAUGCAACCGAGUAGUCCGGAUCAGAUAAUUCAUUGCACAAAGAAAGGUAAAAUGGAGCUGCAAUGGCCGGCUUUGCUGUACAUCCAGGAGGAGGGAUCAGCUCCUUUAUCCCAACCAUCGAGCGCUACAAACACCACCAUUUUUUUUUCCUCUCUCUCUCUUUCUCUUUUUUAUUUUUUUUUUUUUAAUAUGCUUUGUUGGGGCGUUUUGUUUGGAGCCGAGGCAGCUGCACCACCACCCGAGCCGGGGCUGCCAGAGCCGCUCGGGGGCUUCACUUUUACAGAGAUCUCUUAUUUUUCCCCGGCCUUGUGCAAUCCUCUCCCUUUUAUUAUACGGGUUUGUUUUUUUUUUCCCCUCUCCCCUCUGCGGGUGUAAAGGUUUCUCUCCUCUCUCCAGCUUGGCUGCUUAUUCCAGAAGUUUCCACGGGGGCGGGGAGCCCCCACUGCGGCGUCUUUGCCGCAGCGCCGGGCAGGAGGAGGAGGAGGAUGCGGAGGAUGCGCCACCUCUCCCUGGCUGGGAGCCUCAUUCCAAGCCGCUCCCCCUUGCUCCGUUCCCCCAGCCUUGAAAACAGAGCGCUGGGAGGUGUUUGCAGCUUGGAGGGGUUUGUGGGUUUUUAAAUUUUUUGAAUUUUUUUUUUUUUUCUGAAUAAAUGGAAAGCAGAGCUGUCGCUGAUGGAGAUGGAUGAGGCAGGGCUGGCAGCGCCGAAGCCCUGCUCCGGCGUGGCCAUGGCACCGAUGGCACAAGUGACCUUUCCCAGGCGGAGAGAGGGGGGAUUCCCCCCCUGCCCCAGCAUGCUCCUGCUCGGAAUUCAUUUUAAAUAGCAGGCGUAUUAUUUUUUACUUUCCUUCCCCCCUCCCAUUUCUCCUUCACUGUUGUUUUUUGGGUUUUUUUUUUUUUCUGAAGCUUCCUCAUGAUCUUUUUUUUUUUUUUUCCUGUGUGUGUUUUGAAUUGCGUUUUAAAAUUGCCCAGCUGGAAACAAGGCUUGAUUAGAGCUGAAACAAUAGCUCCCUUUUAUUAAUAACGGGAAGGAUUUACAAUCAUACAGCACCUUCCUUGGAAAGCUUUCCAAACCAUUUGCAAACACUCACAAAUUUAAGAUUGUGCAGCCCUUGGCUGUGAGGUGGGUAAGUAUUUAAUGGUGCCACCAUGCAAAAUUACCUUGGUGGCAAACCUCAAUUUCUGAGUGCUUAAAAAGAUGACAAAUUUGGUUUGGUGGUUUUUUUUGGUGGGGUGGGGUGUGGGUCUGGCUAAAAGCUGUUACCUAAAUCUGUAGAUGCAGAGUAUUUUGCUGUGUUCUGGGAACUGGGCUGUUGUGCCUCCAGCCAUGCAGCUUUCCAGAGCCGAGCUGUGGAUUUGCUGCAUGUCAGUAAACAUCUGCUUAUGGAUUCUUUUUCUAAUUUUUUUUUUUUUUUUUAAUCCAUUCCCUUUUUGCAGUCCCUAAGUGACCUCCUGCAGCACUGCCUCCACUGCGGUUCCACCCCAGCUUUGCACUGGAGCACAAAUGUGUGUCCCUGUGAGCCAGAGUGACCUUGCUGGGGGGACUGGGCCCACUGAGCCAUUCAGCUGCUCUGCUUUGACCCCAAAUCUCUGCACCCCGUUUUUUUCCAGCACAUCCCCUCACCCGGGGGGAUGCUGCAGUUAUGCGUUAAAGCUGUUUCAUGCCUUAUUUUUCUCUGUUGUUUUUUGUUGAUAUUUUUGUUUGUUUCUUUCUUUCUUUUAUUUCCAAGGGCAACAAUGUAUUGUUUAUGUAACCCCUCUCCACAGCAGAUUCCUGCAUACCACACAGGGAUCCAGGAAUCACCCGGGCAGUGCAAUCUGGCCUUGCCAGAAGCAUGAGGGACAAGGCUCCAGCCACGUCUGCAUGUGUCACACACAGGCUACACAAACCCGCAGUGUUCCUGUGGUUACUUCUGUCUGCAGAGUAGGAGUGGGUCCCAGGGCUUCCCCUUCCCACUGCUUGCUGGUUCACAAAGGCUGAUGCUUCUGGAAAAAGCUCUGCCUUGUGGCUUUUAAAAUAAAUAAAUAAAGCAGCGCUGCUGUGGAUUAGUCAUCCUUAUUUUUGAAGGAAGUUGUUUGCCAGCGCUGUCCAUAUCACGCAUGUGCGUGUGAGAUGGGAACUCCAGAAGGCUGGUAGCGUGCUCUGCUCGCUGCUCCUUGGAGCUCAGCCACCUGGGCUUCGUUGAGCUGCUCCUGGCAGGUGGAAAAACUGACAGUCCAGCUUUCCAGACCUUUCCCUCCUUUUUUUUCAGUGCUGGAAUCUGCAUUGGCAGGUGUGCAAAUGUGGAGACUGUAACAGCAGCAAGUGAGGAUGGAUGAGCUGUUUUCUGGGGUCACAUCCAACUCCAGAGAAGAAACCCUGGUGAUUUAUAAUUUUUGUCUUGUCUCUGGUAGGUUUUACUCUGAGCUCCGCUGUAUCUUGCGAGAAGACUGAGUUUGACCCUUUUGGCUACUAAAAAUGGUUCUGUUUUUAAACCUUGGUGCUUUUUCCCUUCCAUGUGGUUGUGUAGAAGAGCAAGCGGUGCAAUUAAACAGUACAGCAAAGGGCAGCUCCCUCCCCCUGUCCCUUUCAAAAAAUCCAAAGUUGUGUGUCUUGAACUGCUGCAUAGGCAGAAAACAUACAAAGCCCUUGUCAGCAUUGUGCUGAUGUGUGGCAUGUUAAAAAAAUACACACAAAGGGGGUGGGGAGAGCGGGUGCCUCCAGGGAGCAAAACUGUGGGGCCCCUUUCCCUCCAAGCCUACAGACCUAUGUGGGAUAGUCUAUUCCUCCUCAUUUUGCUCAGGCAGAGCCAGUGGAGGUCGGAGGGAGCACUGAGCAUCUUAAAUGGUGUUGAUGAAUAUCAGGGUGCCCUUGAAUUACAUGUUUUUUUAUAUGUGAACUUGCUCCUGCAAGAUGCAGCUGGUUUAUUACUCCAUUCCUCAAAGCUGGGAAGAAGGGAAACACUUCCUGCCUGGGUGUAAUUUCUUUUGUUGUGUUGCAAAGGUAGCAAAAAGCACCUUGUGCUGGUCUCUGCCAGGUCACACAUGACUUGGAGGCACGGCUUCCCGCAGUCAUUAGUGCACAGGGAGUGCUGGGGGUCCUUAGCCACCCUUAAUGAGGAUAUUGCAUCGGGAUUCCAUGGAUGCCACUGCCUGACCCAGCCCUGGAGAUUCCUCUUACAAGAAAUUACUUCACUGACUGGUUGCUGCAGGGAUUUCUAGCACAGCUAUGACUUUAUCCCUCUUUUUGGCUAAAAUUAAGUGCAGGGUGGGGAUGAGGCCAGAUUUCACACCCUGCUCCCUGUGGUAGGUGUGUGAACAGUGGCUGUAGCUCCUGUGCCUAAAGCCUUGUUUGGAAUAAGCCAGUGUGGACAGGGAUUUGGAUUUUAUUCGCUCAUCAGGGCUGUGUUGGUUUGGAGAUGCACCUUGUACUCUUCUUAGGCCAUUGCUGGCAGGGAGGUUCGGAGGAGCAAGAAGCUGCCUGUUGGGAUGAUUCCAUGUUUUUUGGGCUGGCACACCCUGUGGAACUCUAAAUUGCUUUCCUUUGGCAGUUUGGGAUAAAUGACUGAGAAUUGCCUUAUGAGUGCUGAACUUUUACCACCCUGAAGAAUUACUUGAGCUACAUCCGUGAUAUUUCCAAGCUAAACAAAACCUGAAUUUUCAGUGCCAAAAAGCAACACAAACGUCCACUCCUCCUCUGUACAGGAGAAAACCACGGUCUUUCAAGCUUUGCUUUUAGCUCAUAGAGUUAAAAAGCUGUGCUGUGAGAUCUGCAGAGGUGAAAAUAAAAGCCAAAGGCAGACAAGAAACUUCUCCCAUGCAGUGUUGGAGGAGAGGCUUUGGAGUGCAGCAGGUAUUGAUGCACAAAUAUUUCCUUUGUGCUUUCUCUGGACUGAAGGAGCAGUAGCUCCAUAGACAUGGGGUCACUCCUCUUUAUUUAAACACCCUCAUGUUGCUGUGGUAUCAAAAUGGUGUUCAGUGGAGCCAAAGCUCAGAUGAUGGUGGUGGCUUGGUGUUUAUUUUGUGCUGGGUGUGCUGCUCGAUCCAGUGUGGAAUGUGGGAAGAGCAGCCUGUAGCUUGCAGGUUUGGACUGUGGGGUCUGUGCUAAAGCCUUGUCCUGUAACAUUUCCAGUGUAAUUUCUGAGAUUUUUCUUUCCCCUGGGCAUUGCACACAGGUAAAGAUCACAUCUGAAUGAAGAGAUAAUACAACAAUUAGGUGUUAAAAAUGGCAAAGUAUAGGAUUUGGUCAUCUAACCAGUCCCAGGGGAUUUAUAUCCUUUGCAGUUGUCGUCUUUGGGUAUCAAAUCACACGGAACUGUCUUUUUUUAUGUUUGUUUUCUUUGGUUUUCCCUUAAACUGUAAUCUUUUGCAGCCUGGAAGGCCAUAGUCCUGUGUAGUGAUGAAAGCCCUGUGUUUGGGGAGAACCCUUGUGAGGUGAGCAGACACAGCUCUCUGUGUCUGUAUCCUCCCUGGCACUGUGGAUAAGAACACCACACGGAAGAGCGUCAGAAAAUAAAUUACUAAAUACUGCA